UCGGAUCUCGAAUCUGUAGUCAAUUUUCAGGGAUGUUAAACCGGCCAUUAAAGAAGGGAACUGCAAGAACAACUGUGCUCUUCAUCAUCGUCAUUUUCAUUGGCGCCUUUAUCUGUGUCCGCUGGAUCGACGUUUCCAUUAGAGGUGCUUCGAAGCAGAAAGUAUUGGUAAAUCCGAGAGUAAUUCCUAAACAUUCUCAGAGAGUUGAAAUCCCACUUAACUGCUCCGCCGAAAACCGGACACGAAGCUGCGCUGCAAGCUUCCUAGCGACAUUUCAGAGAGCAGACGAUGAGAAUUCAACAUCGAGCUCAAUUUGCCCUGAUUAUUUCCGGUGGAUCCAUGAAGAUCUGCGGCCGUGGAAGGAAACGGGGAUUACGAAGGAGAUGGUGGAGAGAGGUAGAAAGACCGCUAAUUUUAGGCUGGUGAUCGUGAAGGGUAGAGCUUACUUGGAGACUUUCGUGAAAGCGUUCCAGACGAGGGACGUGUUCACGCUGUGGGGGAUCCUACAGCUUUUGAACAGGUAUCCGGGGAGGUUGCCGGACCUUGAGCUUAUGUUCGAUUGCGUCGACUGGCCUGUCAUCCAAGCACGCCAUUAUCGAGGGCCCAACGCCACUGCCCCUCCACCCUUGUUUCGUUACUGUGGGGACGACUCGACCUUGGAUAUUGUUUUCCCUGAUUGGUCUUUCUGGGGCUGGGCUGAGGUCAAUGUAAGGCCAUGGGAAUACCUGUUGAAGAAGUUGAAAGAAGGAAACGGGAGGACCAAAUGGAUAGACAGGGAACCCUAUGCUUACUGGAAAGGAAACCCAGACGUGGCUUCUACAAGGCAAGACCUCAUGAAAUGCAAUGCCUCUGACAAAAAGGAUUGGAAUGCUCGGCUCUACAGGCAGGAUUGGAUCCGUGAAUCUCAGGAAGGCUUCAAGCAAUCAGAUUUGUCACGGCAAUGCACUCACAGAUACAAGAUCUACAUUGAAGGGUCGGCAUGGUCGGUUAGUGAGAAAUACAUUCUAGCCUGCAACUCUGUUACUUUUCUAGUAAAGCCUCGGUAUUACGAUUUCUUUACGAGAAAUCUACAACCUAUUCAUCACUACUGGCCGAUAAGGGAGGAUGAUAAGUGCAGAUCUAUUAAGUUUGCCGUUGAUUGGGGCAACAAUCACAAACAAAAGGCACAGGCAAUCGGAAAAGCAGCCAGUGAAUUCAUACAAGAGGAGCUGAAGAUGGAUUAUGUUUAUGAUUACAUGUUUCAUCUACUGAAUGAAUACGGGAAGCUUUUCAAAUACAAACCCACCGUACCUGAACAAGCCAGCGAGCUCUGUCCAGAGGUAAUGGCUUGCUCUGCAGAAGGAUUGGCGAAGGAGUUUAUGAUGGAUUCCAGGGUGAAGGCUACUGAAGACACAAACCCAUGUACCUUGCCACCUUCCUUUGACCCUUUAUCUCUCCGAGUCUUCCUUAAGAGAAAAGCAAAUUCAAUACAUCAGGUGGAGUUAUGGGAGAAAAAAUAUUGGGACAAUCUCAACAUGUAACUGUAAACCUUGGUCUGU